UCUACAACAACACUUCAGCCACCUCGGUAGCGUUCUAGCUAACAUAAAACCAUAACGUUGAAGCUCUUUAUGCCAUUUUUAUUAAUAUUAACCUCGGUUUUUAAACACACUUAAUGCGUAUUUACUAGUUACUCUAUUAAAUUGACUAUUUACGUUAUUAGCUAUCUGGCUAAGUAACACUCGGCUAAUGCUAUCUAGCUUGCUAACAUCCUCGACCAUGAGCUCCCGCUACUUCCCCCGUGCUAAAGAAGAGGUCUGCUGGACAGAGACAGAAGUUCUCGUUAAAGAGGAGAAGGAAGAGGAGGCUGUCACAGUGAAACAAGAGGUAGAGGGUGAGGCUGUUACAGUGAAAGAAGAGGAGAAAGACGUGAAAGAGGAAGAAGUUACAGUGAAAGAAGAGGAAGAAGCUUUAAGAGUGAAAGAGGAGGAUGCAGUUUUUGGAAUGAAGGAGGAGGGAGAGAUUACUGUCACGUUGGAGGAGGAAGGGAAGACUGGAGAUCUGAUUAACACCAGAGAAAGACCAGACUCAGAGGAACCAGAGACUUCCGAACCAGCAAGACGACACCACUGCUCCCACUGUGGAAAGAGUUUUAACCAGUUAGGGGACCUGAAAACACAUGAGAGAAUACAUACAGGAGAAAAGCCGUACCACUGCUCCAAGUGUGAAAAAGGUUUUAACCAGUUAGGAAACUUAAAGCGGCAUGAGAGAAUACAUACAGGAGAAAAGCCGUACCACUGCUCCCACUGUGGAAAGCGUUUUAACCAGUUAUGGGACCUGAAAGGCCACAUGACUUUGCACACAGCGGAGAAGCCUUAUCGCUGCUCCCUUUGCGGGAAGAGUUUUACCGUGUUAGGGAGCUUGAAAAUACACAAGAUAAAUCACAGAAGGGAGAAGCCUUACCACUGCUCCCAGUGUGAAAACAGUUUUACCGAGUUAGGAAGCCUGAAAAUACAUGAGAGAAUACACACAGGAGAGAAGCCUUACUACUGCUCCCAGUGUGGAAAGAGAUUUACCCAGUUAGGAAGGCUGAAAGAGCAUAAGAUACUGCACACAAGGGAGAAGCCUUACACCUGCUCCCUUUGUGUAAAGAGAUUUUCCUCAUCAGGGUGCCUGAAAAGACAUGAGAGGACACACACAGGCGAUAAACCUUUCCAAUGCUCCCAGUGUGGAAAGAGGUUUUCCUUGUUAGCAAGCCUGAAAAGACAUGAGAGGACACACACAGGAAAUAAGACUCAUCACUGCGCCCAGUGUGGAAAGAGUUUUAACCUUAAAGAAUACCUGAAAGUGCAUGAGAGAAUACACACAGGGGAGAAGCGAGAGAAGCAUUUCCAUUGCUCCCAGUGUGGAAAGAGUUUUUGCUUGUUAGCGAGCCUGAAAAGACAUGAGAGGACUCACACAGGCGAGAAGCCUCAUCACUGCUCCCAGUGUGGAACGAGUUUUAAGCUGAAAGGACAACUGAAACAGCAUGAGAGAAUACACACAGGGGAGAAGCCCUACCACUGCUCCCAAUGUGAAAAGAGUUUUGCCUGGUUAGGGGACCUGAGAAGACACGAGAGGAUACAUACUGGAGAGAAGCCUCAUCACUGCUCCCAGUGUGGAAAGAGUUUUACCCAGUUAAGACACAUGAAAAGACAUGAGAUAAUACACACAGGAGAUAAGAAUGUAGGCUGCUGAACAGUAGGACAUAGGACAGAUAUAAACUGAACAGUGGAACAUAGGACAGAUGAAGGCCCAAUACAUGGUGGGUCAGUAGUCCCCAGAGACUCUGAAUGUGUAUUGACUUUCCAGUAUUUUCCCCCCUGCAUGUAUUAUAGUGGAUUGUGUUUGUGGAUGUGUUUUCUGGGUGCAGGUUUUGGUUUGUGCCCUACCACAGCUGAUUCAGAUAACCAACUCAUCAUCAAGCUUUUCUUAUUUGAAUGGGCUGUGUGGUGUUAGAGGACCUGGAAUCACAUGAGAGAAUACAGAGGCUUUGUUCUCGCUGUUGUCUUUGACUGAGAAUGGUUCUGAUUUCUCUUUUCCUUUAAGUUGCUGAAAUGUUUCCGGAUUCACUGACCUUCAUGUCUUAAAGUAAUGAUGGACUGUUGUUUCCCUUUGCUUAUUUGAGAUGUUCUUGCCAUAAUAUGGACUUGGUCUUUUAGCAAAUAGGGCUAUCUUCUGUAUAUCACCCCUACCUUGUCACAACACAGCUGAUUGGCUCAAACGCAUUAAGAAUGAAAGAAAUUCCACAAAUUAACUUUUAACAAGGCACACCUGUUUAUUGAAAUGCAUUUCAGGUGACUGCCUCAUGAAGCUGGUUGAGAGAAUGCCAAGAGUAUGCGAAUCUGUCAUCAAGGAAAAGGCUGGCUACUUUGAAGAGUAAAAUAUAUUUUGAUGUGUUUAACACUUUUUUUGGUUACUACAUGAUUCCAUAUGUGUUAUUUCAUAGUGUAACGGUAGUCCUCCUCCUCUUCAACCGAAAAGGAGGAGUAGUGAUGGAACCAAGGCGCAGCGGGUUGUGAUGACAUAAUUUAUUUACAGAAAGACGAAAAAACAUGAACUUGACUAUAAACUAACAAAACAACAAAACGGAGUAGACAAACCUGGACAUGCGAACUUACAUAAAACGCAGAACUCACGAACAGGAAAAAAUGACUACACAAAAUGACGAUGUACAAAAACAAACCGAACAGUCCCGUAUGGUGCGACAAACACUGACACAGGAGACAACCACCCACAACGAACACUGUGAAACAACCUACCUAAAUAUGACUCUCAAUUAGAGGAACGCCAAACACCUGCCUCUAAUUAAGAGCCAUACCAGGCAACCCUUAAACCAACAUAGAAACAGAAAACAUAGAAUGCCCACCCAAACUCACGUCCUGACCAACUAACACAUACAACAAACUAACAGAAAUUGGUCAGGAACGUGACAUAACCCCCCCCUUAAGGUGCGAACUCCGGGCGCACCAGCACAAAGUCUAGGGGAGGGUCUGGGUGGGCAUCUGACCACGCUGGUUGCUCAGGCUCAGGGCGAGGUCCCCACCCCACCAUAGUCAAUCCCAGCUUACAUCUCCCCCUACAAAUGACCACCCUCAUAUUACACCCACUUAAUCCUUUGGGUAACAUCGAGACAAGGGGCAGCACCGGGAUAGAGGGAUAGCUCAGGACAGAGGGAUAGCUCAGGACAGAGGGAUAGCUCAGGACAGAGGGAUAGCUCAGGAUAGAGAGGUAGCUCAGGAUAGAGAGGUAGCUCAUGAUAGAGGGGCAACUCCGGACUGAAAGGCAGCUCCGGACAGAGAGACAGCUCUUGACUGAGGGGCAGUUCUGGAUAAAUAGCCGCUCUGGGCUGAGGGACAGCUCAUGACUGGCUGACGGCUCUGGACGCUCAUGGCUGGCUGACGGCUCUGGACGCUCAUGGCUGGCUGACGGCUCUGGACGCUCAUGGCUCACUGACGGCUCUGGCAGUUCCUGUCUGGUUGGCGGCUCUGGCAGAUCCUGUCUGGUUGGUGGCCCUGGCAGAUCCUGUCUGGUUGGCGACUCUGGCAGAUCCUGACUGACGAAUGGCUCUAGCGGCUCCUGACUGACUAACGGCUCUGACGGCUCGGGACAGACGGGCGGCUCUAAUGGCUCGGGACAGACGGAUGGCUCAGACGGCGCUGGGGAGAUGGAUGGCUCAGAUGGCGCUGGGGAGACGGAUGGCUCAGAUGGCGCUGAGGAGACGGAUGGCUCAGAUGGCGCUGCGGAGACGGAUGGCUCAGACCGAUCCUGUCUGGCGGAAGGCUUUGGCUGCUCCUGUCUGGCGGAAGGCUCUGUAGGCUCAUGGCAGACGGGCAGUUCAUGCGGCGCUUGGCAGACGGACAGUUCAGGCGCCGUUGGGCAGACGGCAGACUCUGGCCGGCUGAGACGCACUGUAGGCCUGGUGCGUGGUGCCGGAACUGGAGGCACCGGACUGGAGACACACACUUCAAGCCUAAUGCGGGGAGCAGGGACAGGGCACACUGCACUCUCAAAGCGUACUAUAUGCCUGGUGCGUGGUACCGGCACUGGUGGCACCGGGCUGAGUGCACGCACAUCAGGACGAGUACGGGGAGAAGGAACAGUGUGUACAGGGCUCUGGAGACGGACAGGUGGCUUAGUGCGUGGUGCCGGAACUGGAGGCACCGGACUGGAGACACGCACCAUAGUGAGAGUGCGUGGAGGAGGAACAGGGCUCUGGAAACGCACUGGAAACCUGGUGCGUGGUGUAGGCACUGGUGGUCCUGGGCUGGGGCGGGGAGGUAGCGCCGGAAAUACCGGACCGUGCAGGCGUAUUGGCUCCCUUGAACACCGAGCCUGCCCAACCUUACCUGGCUGAAUGCUCCCCGUCGCCCGACCAGUGCGGGGAGGUGGAAUAACCCGCACCGGGCUAUGUAGGCGAACCGGGGACACCAUGCGUAAGGCUGGUGCCAUGUAAGCCGGCCCAAGGAGACGUACUGGUGGCCAGAUAUGUAGAGCCGGCUUCAUGGCACUUGGCUCAAUGCUCAAUCUAGCCCUACCAGUGCGGGGAGGUGGAAUAACCCGCACUGGGCUAUGCACACGUACAGGAGACACCAUGCGCUCUACUGCGUAACACGGUGUCUGCCCGUACUCCCGCUCUCCACGGUUAGCCUGGGAAGUGG